AUGUCCUUGGAAAGUCAGCCCCGGCCCCAGCACCCCGCGCCUGCAGGCCAUGGGCGAGGGUCGGGGACACCAGGUUGGUCUGAGGGUUCGCCCCGACUCGCACGCUCCUUGGCUGGCGAUUGGGGCUCUGCGCCGCGACGCCCGCCCGAUGUGGCCCGGAGGCUGUGGGAAGGCGCGGGGCUGGGAGGCCGCGGCGGGAGGGAGGAGCAGCCCCUGCAGGCUCAGCCGCCGCCGAAUCAUGUCGAUGAGUCCAAAGCACACGACUCCGUUCUCAGUGUCUGACAUCUUGAGUCCCCUGGAGGAAAGCUACAAGAAAGCGGGCAUGGAGGGCGGCGGCCUGGGCGCCCCGCUGGCGGCGUACCGGCCGGGCCAGGCGGCGCCCCCGGCCGCGGCCAUGCAGCAGCACGCGGUGGGGCACCACGGGGCCGUCACGGCCGCCUACCACAUGACGGCGGCGGGGGUGCCCCAGCUGUCGCACUCCGCCGUGGGGGGCUACUGCAACGGCAACCUGGGCAACAUGAGCGAGCUGCCGCCCUACCAGGACACCAUGCGCAACGCCGCCUCGGGCCCCGGAUGGUACGGCGCCAACCCGGACCCGCGCUUCCCCGCCAUCUCCCGCUUCAUGGGCCCGGCGAGCGGCAUGAACAUGAGCGGCAUGGGCGGCCUGGGCUCGCUGGGGGACGUGAGCAAGAACAUGGCCCCGCUGCCGAGCGCCCCGCGCCGGAAGCGCCGGGUGCUCUUCUCGCAGGCGCAAGUGUACGAGCUGGAGCGGCGCUUCAAGCAGCAGAAAUACCUGUCGGCGCCGGAGCGCGAGCACCUGGCCAGCAUGAUCCACCUGACACCCACGCAGGUCAAGAUCUGGUUCCAGAACCACCGCUACAAGAUGAAGCGCCAGGCCAAGGACAAGGCGGCGCAGCAGCAGCUGCAGCAGGACAGCGGCGGCGGCGGCGGCGGGGGCGCCGGGUGCCCGCAGCAGCAGCAGCAGCAAGCGCAGCAGCAGUCGCCGCGCCGCGUGGCGGUGCCGGUCCUGGUGAAAGACGGCAAACCCUGCCAGGCGGGCGCCCCGGCGACGGGCGCCGUCGGCCUGCAGGGCCACGCGCAGCAGCAGGCGCAGCAGCAGGCGCAGGCCGCUCAGGCGGCGGCGGCGGCGAUCUCGGUGGGCAGCGGCGGCCCCGGCCUGGGUGCGCACCCGGGCCACCAGCCGGGCAGCGCGGGCCAGUCUCCGGACCUGGCGCACCACGCCACCAGCCCCGCGGCGCUGCAGGGCCAGGUCUCCAGCCUGUCCCACCUGAACUCCUCGGGCUCGGACUAUGGCACCAUGUCCUGCUCCACCUUGCUAUACGGUCGGACCUGGUGA